AUGUCAAUCCAGAUGUAACAACUAUUCAAACAGCAUCAAACCCAAUAGUUCUUGGCUCAAUAAUUUUCUACCAAAUAAGAGAAGAUGAAACCCUCAAACCUCAUGGCUGAAUAAUAAAAUGAAAAAAGUUCUAAUAAGCAAAACAACGAAAGACACAAAGAAGAAUCCCCAUCCCAAAGAUUCAACAAUUAUAUACUAAAACCAUCCUAAAAACCCUCACAGCAAAAUCAUACUCAAAAGUGCAAUAUUAAGCAAUUGUAAAAUAAGAGCAAUAACAUCACAGAGCAAAUCCAAGAUAAGAGUCAUAAUUUUAAUAAGCAAAGAAGUUAAUCUCCCAAUUCCUUCAAUAAUCAAUCAUAGUUAAAUGAUGAGCAACAACAAAGAAGACCUGCCUCUUUUGCCAAUGAUGCAUCCCAUAAAUAGAGACUGAUACCUAAGUCUCCUAAUCCACAUGAUUUAUAAGAGAGCAUUGUAACAACUGCAUUCGAUAAACAAGCAAUCCCCCAGACAAAGAAUUCAACCGAAUCAAAAUUAAAGGUUAGUUAGCAAGUGGGAUCGUAUAGCUCAGCACAACAAUUCCAAUAAAGAUGCCCUCUCAAAUUACAAAGCCAUUCCUCAACCAAUUCACUCUCUAGCAAUAGCAAAUCCAAUUUCGUUAGGAAAUUAGAUUAGAAUACGAAUCACACUCCUACUAAAUUAACCACCACUACUCUUAAUACUGAGUAUAGCAAAUGUAAAUCUAUUAACAAAGAAUAAUCCAUCAAAGCUAUUAUUUAUGAUUAAGAUAGAGAAAAUGAUAUGAAAAUUUUGAAUAUUGGUACUCCCAGCACUUACCUUCAUUCUAAAAUUUCUAUUGAGUAGCAGAGUGUUGAUGAAAGCUUAGGCAAUAAAUUCUAAUAAGGAAAAUUACUAAGUUAAUAUUCACCCUUAAUUGGAUCAAAUGAUAAUUUGGAAAAUGUAUUACCCACAAAGACGUGUGCAAAUCAUAGAAAUAAGAGAGCCAAGUAUAAGGUAGAAGAAUGUUCUAAACUUACAUAUUACUGUUCUUAAUGUGCCAUUGAAGUUGCAAGCUAAGGAAAAGUGGUUCAAGAAAUUAACUAACUAAAAAUUAAAUCUUCUGAAACCCAGAUACCUACAUUUUAAUCUAAAUUAAUAGAAUUAAAUGGGAAUGCAAAUUAAACUGAGAUGUAAUUCAAGGAGAAAUAAUUAAGUGGGUUUCUGAAAAAGUUGGAUGCAUCCUAAACUCUUAGAUAAGAUAUUCUGGGAUAAAUGCAACUCCAAAUUGAAUAGAUAACAUAAUGGUAUGAGAAUUAGAUAAGAAAGUGUGAAGAAUCUAGAUUAGAACUCUAAAACCUAUUGAAUGAAGCUAGCAAUUAUUGCAUAUCUAAUCUAUAAAUGUAAUAAUAAGAAUCGUUAAAAUAAAUAUCAAUAUUAUUGUUUGUCUUACAAUAACAUCAUUAAGAAACGAAUAACAUUAGAUAGGAUAUAGAAAACAACUGGAAUGCAGUAUUAAAAACAAUAAAAAUGGAGCCAUUUUAAAAGAUCAUGGAUAAUCACUAAAUAGAGUUAGUAAAGAUGAAUGAAUUUACGUAAUCCAUGCUUUCAAUUACAAUUGGAUUGAAACAACAAAUAAAUCCAGACAUUAAACCCAUAAUUGCUUUAAUUACUUAAAACUUUUAAUUGUAAGAUGAAAAACGAUUGUUAAUUUAGAAUAGUAGCAAUUAAAAUGUUAAUUAACCUAAGUUCACUUAAAUGACAUCUGCUUACAAAAAAACUGAGGAUAAUGAGAUGCCAUUUCAACAAUCGAUGACUCAAUAAAGAAUUCGUACAAAUUUUAGCAGUGGAUUAGAAACUUAGUCACAGUAAUAGGAUAGAUAAUUCAAUUCAAAUUAAAAAUUGAUUCAUGACAACAUCAUUCAAGUGAAUCAUUCAAAAUUGCAAUAACCAAAAAAUAACAACCUUUAUGUUUCUUUUGAAAAUAAAGAUUUGUUUAUGAAUAUUGUAGAAUAAGAAUAUAAGGCUAAAAAAAGUUUUCAUGAAGAGAAAUAAUAGUUAUAAAUGAUAGAAUCUUAACACUAUUAAGAGAAUUAGAUGAGCGAGUAAAAUUCACCCAAAUCAACUCCUCAUAGCCCUGCUAGCGGAUAAAUGAAAUAAUCCAUUUAAAGAACAGUGACUAAGACAGAGGAUACACAAUAAAUUAGUUCAGAUGUGAUUUAGAAGCAGAAAAGCACUUUUCGAAAAUUAUUCGAGAACAUUGAUGAUCCACAGAGCAUUGAAAAGAUGAAUGAAGAGGUCUUAUAAUGUAAAGAGGUGAGUGAUAAGAAUCUACCAAAAUUAAACAAAAUCUCGAAUAAUUCAUCAAAAACUUAACAGUUUUUUUAAUAGUCAAUUGAAUCUAAUUAGACUAUGGUGUUAGAAACUCCUGAUUUGAAGAAGAAUGAGCUUGAAAAUUUAUAAUAUCUAUAAUAUUUGUAAGAUACAGAAACUUGCAAAAAAGCUUUAGAUAAGAGAUCUUAAUUGAUGGAGUCAGUGAAAAAAGUUAAUUUAUGGGAUGAUCAAUAAAAUGUGGGUUCAUAUGGGAAAAGUGAUCUGAAAGAAACUGGUUAGAUUUUGAAUUUCAGGGAGUUGAUGCACUUCAGUGAUUUGAAGGCAAGAAAUCACCCUUUGGAAUUAAGUCAAAAUAAUAAGAAUUUAGAAAUAGUCUAAGAAGAAUAGAAGAGUUUGUUUUGUUCGCCUCAAUUCAAAGAUCAAGAUGACAUAAAUAUUUCAGAAAGCAGCUGUAUAUCCAAUUGA